GAGCGAGAUUGGCGUGUACGAAGAUGGAACUGUCAGACGGAUAGACAAUGCCGGAUUGCAUUGACAGCGUGUACAUGUAAAAUACGAAUAGAUUACCGCAGCUACUCAUUGCACCUGAAUACCUGAUUUUCCCUCUGAUCGCCCGAUGCAGCACACUAGCGCGCACCCUAACCCAGCAACAACCGCGGAGCAGCUCGUCCAAAACAAACACCGCAUUCCAAACACCGCCGCGUCAUCGUCCCCGCAGCACUCACGCGCAUUCCAGCGCCAUGGCCGACGACAACGCGCGCGUCUCGCGCUUCCGCGAGCACACCAACACCGCGGGCAGCAUCCGCGCGCCGCCCGAGGAGCUGUGGAAAACCGUCGGCGCCGACACGGAAGCGCUGAUGGACGCCUAUGCCGAGGAGAGCACGCGGCCCGCGAGCGGCGGGCGGGCAAAGCGCCUGGUGUGGGGCGCGGUGAAGGAACCCGGCCACACGACCCACGAGAUGGACGAGACGGAGGGCCUGGACGAGGGCGACGCGGGCAGGAAGCCGCGCCGCAUCGCACCGCACCGGGCGCCGCGCAAGAACAGUGUCGUCACGCUGGCCACGGCCGAGGGCACGUUCAACCGCUUCUCGCGCGCGUUCGCAAGCGUGCUCAGCAGCGUGCUGGGCAAGCGCAAGGCCGCCGACGACCACGAGGACGGCCCCCCGGCUGACGUCUCGCCCGAGCAGGCGCUCCUCGACGAACGCAAGCGCGCUGCCGAGGCCGCGUACCACCUCGCAAAGGCCCAGGGCCUGCUCCCCGCGCCCACCGUCUACGUGCGGCCCGGGCUGGCGGCGCGGGCUGCGUCUGCCGGUACGUCGAGCACCUCCCCCGCCCGCACACCGGGAAGCGUCGCAAGAUCGCCGUCGAAGCGGGAUCUGAGUAAGCAGCGCAGGCUGUCGCGGCGUGUUAGUAGUCUGGAGAUCAAGCUGGCGAGUGCAAGGGCGGAGCUUGCACGGCUGGCUGGGGGGGAGGGCGAGGAGGUGCCGAUGGUGCCGCCCGUGCCGGAUGUGCCGGCGGGGUUUGAUGGGUUUGAGGCGGGGCCGGAGCGCGGUGAGCGCGGCGGCGGCAAGCGGCGGCGAGUGCUGGACGAUGAUGCCGCUGUGUCUAGCGAUUCUGAUGCGGAGCCUGUCGAGGCCAGUACGGUCCUGCGCGACGCCGUUCAGCAGCCCGAGCCCCAGCAGCAUGGACCCCCGCAGGACGACCUCCACCACCACGACCCCCCCGCCGCCGAACCAAACCCAAAUUUAGAACCAGAACCAGAACCAGACCCAGAACCACAGCACCCCGAACCCUCCCGCGCCCCAAAACGCAUCCGCAAAUCCCGCGCCCAGAAGCAGAAGCGCGCUCGCAGUCGCAGAGAGCAAGUCCCACACGCACACACAGAUGAAGAAGACGAGGUCGUCGUUGUUAGGCCCGGGGGCGGGGUGCCGCCUGUGCCUUUGUUGCCUAAGGGGGUCGAGGGGCGGAGGGUCGGUGUGUUUGGGGGUAGUAAGGGGGGUGGACAGGGACAGGGAGAGGGAGAGGGUGGACAUGAGCAUGAACAGGGAGAGGGGAAGGGGGGUGAGAAGCGCGAAAAGCGCGAUAACGUGGACGCGGAGGCCGACGACGGGUACGGCGGCCUGGGGCACGAGAUGUUCUAGCCGCGCUGCACCGCACGGCACCACGCCGUCUCGGGGUGUUUUUCUUUCCUUUCUUCCCUUUUGUUCUAUUGGUUUCUUUUGUUUUUCCUGGAUUUUAUGGCGCUGCGGCGUGCUUGCGUCGAGGUGUUUGCCUUGG